GACAUAUAUCUGAACAUCGUCAGGCUGUUUCUGUUCUUACAACUAGCGGAAAAAGUCCUGGUGGGCCCUCUGCUGUCUCUCUUCAACUCUGCGGCAAACACCCAUUGAGAAUGGGUGACUGGAGUGCUCUGGGUCGUCUGCUGGACAAGGUCCAGGCCUACUCUACUGCUGGGGGAAAGGUGUGGUUGUCAGUCCUCUUUAUCUUCAGGAUUCUGGUCCUUGGUACUGCAGUGGAAUCAGCCUGGGGAGAUGAGCAGUCUGCCUUCAGAUGUAACACUCUGCAGCCUGGUUGUGACAAUGUCUGCUACGACAAAUCCUUCCCCAUCUCCCACGUUCGCCUCUGGGUCCUACAGAUCAUCUUUGUGUCAACGCCCACACUCCUCUACCUGGCUCAUGUCUUCUAUCUGAAUAGGAAAGAACAGAAACUUAAUAGGAAGGAGGAUGAGCUUAAAGCGGUGCAAAAUGAUGGAGGUGAUGUUGACAUACCACUGAAAAAAAUUGAGUUAAAAAAGCUUAAGUACGGCAUUGAGGAGCAUGGCAAAGUGAAGAUGAAGGGGGCUCUCCUCAGAACCUAUAUAGUCAGUAUUUUCUUCAAAUCCACAUUUGAGGUGGGUUUCCUGCUAAUCCAGUGGUACAUGUAUGGUUUCACCCUCUCUGCAGUCUACACCUGUGAGAGGGCCCCAUGCCCACAGAAGGUGGAGUGUUUCCUUUCCCGACCCACAGAGAAGACUGUCUUCAUCAUUUUCAUGCUGGUGGUAUCCAUGGUGUCCCUGCUGCUCAACAUCAUUGAGCUUUUUUACGUGUUUUAUAAAAGGAUCAAAGAUCGUGUGAAGGGCAAACAGCCGCCCACUAUCUACCCAAGUGGAGGGACCUUGAGCCCCACCCCUAAAGAACUGUCCACCACCAAAUAUGCUUACUAUAACGGCUGUUCUUCCCCAACUGCCCCACUCUCACCCAUGUCCCCCCCAGGCUACAAGUUGGCCACAGGGGAGAGGGGAACCGGCUCAUGUCGUAAUUAUAAUAAGCAAGCCAAUGAGCAGAACUGGGCCAAUUACUCCACAGAGCAGAACCGGCUUGGCCAAAAUGGUGGAGGCAGCACUAUUUCAAAUUCCCAUGCACAAGCCUUUGACUUCCCUGAUGAUACCCAAGAGCAUAAGAAACUGUCGUCAUCGGCAGGACAUGAGCUGCAGCCGUUAGCUUUGAUGGACGCCAGGCCCUGUAGCCGGGCCAGCAGCAGGAUGAGCAGCCGAGCCAGGCCAGAUGACCUGGACGUGUAAGCCCUUGUUCUUCCUCCUCCCACUUCCAGCCAGAUAAUCAGGAAAAACUCAAUCACAUAAGUUCAUACUAGAGGUGGAAUUAACCUUAUCCACUGUCAUUAGCAUAACAAGAUUAUUAGUCAAUCAAAUAAAAACAUUAAGAUUUAUUAUUUACCACUGUCAGAGUCAAUAUUUGUUGAGUAACUUUUACCACAACAUUUUAGUGGAGCUAAGCCAGCUGUAAGAGAACAGAACCGCUUCAGGAAUGGUGUAGUCAAACAUAGGCACUCCAUAGAAGCAGUCACUGAUCACUUCAACCCAUACCCAGUUUAUCCAGUAUGAAUCUGAAACUCCUAAUUCAGCUUUAUAACCCAGACCAUGUAAUUUCUCCAUUCUUACCACAGGCUGCAACCAGUUUGGCCUAACAAUAUAACUGAAUUGUUUUUAGUUCUUUCCAAAAUAACCCAUAUGAAAGGUUUUUUUUUCUUAUCACCCUGUGGUUAAGUAACUACAACUACCUAGUUGAGUUUUUAAAAGGAUGUCUUUUAUGGUUGAAAACAAAUGCGGAGUUUUGCCAAUAAAUAAAAGAUAGGAUGUAAAGUGUCCAGUGUAGAAUUUCUGCUGAAUGAUGUCACCUUAGAGAGGACAGACAAUUUCUCGUACAUCACAGCAGGUCUCUUCUGGGUAACAUUUAAACAUAGGUCAGGUAAGGACAGUCCCUUACUUAUGUACUGUAUAAACCUGUGUGAUCAAGUGCCUCUACUGAUAUUGUUUUAUGGUCUAAGCCAGCUCUUACAGUUUGUUUCUGUAAUUAAGAGAAGUGUAUAUAUAAAUCAACACUAUUAAUAUUUUUGUUCGAACGUAUGUCCUUAUUGUCUUAACCCAGUUCUCAAUUAAAAUCACAUGUUAGUCUCUGAUUUCACAACAAAGACAGGACUCAUGUGUUGAAAAAUGUGUUUAGCUUUCGGCUCAACCUUUGCAUGUAAGUCGGAGUUUUGAGGAUAAUGAUUUAUAGCAGUUGUAGGGAAUAUUUAUUUCUUGCCAUCUAUAGGACACAUACUACUAGGAAGAAUUGACUACUAUCCAGUUUCUCAUACUGUCAUAAAACAUCAACUUCCCAACAACUGUAUAUUUAUUGACAGUAAAAAACAUUUUUAUUAGUAACUUGGACUGUUGUUUCCUGAUAAACUUUGAAUUUAUGUGGUCUUAUGUCUUCAUUUUCUUGUUUAAUAUGUCAUUUGCAAGUGCGAGACAGGCAGGGCUAAGGGUUCAGUCUUCUGUUGGUAGAAAACUCAUCUGCUUGUAUAUGGUCUCCAUCAAGAAGACCUUAUAAGUGUCAUUAAUCGAACAUGUGUCUUCUCUUUUUUCAUCAUUUAUGAGUGUUGGAGAAAGACAGUAGAAUGAUUAUGUGUUUUACAUUUUAUGAAUGAAUACUUUCUUCAUUCUUUAGGUAAUGUUUUGAUUUCAGACUGAUUGCUGCUUGAGAAAUAGAUAUUUAGUACUGUACAUCCAGCUUAUUGUGUCACUAUAAAAAUGUGAGUUUUUAGAAGAUAUAUCUGGACUAAUAUCUAGUCACUUAUAUCAAAACAUAUGCCAAUUUAGCUUCACAACUACACAACAGUAGGAUAAUUCUCAAUUUGGGCUUCCUUUCUCUUUAGUGUAAUUUUCUUAAUUGUUAAUUGUGCAUCACUUUGUCGGUACUUACAUGUGUCAUGGAUUUUCAGCUACAAUGGCAUUUGCACUGAGAUGUAAUAUGAUGCACACAGUAAGUGUUAAGAGUUUUCUGAUACACAUGUUACUAAUUUAUUUUAUAACACAAAAUCACUACAGUGCAUAAUAUCAGACAUCUGACACCAGUGGUUUCAUUGACUGGUUCUGUAAGAGAUGUCUUCUAUUGAUAGAACAUGAGCAAUAGUCAUUUGUUGCAGUUAUUCAGACAAUGCUAAUCCAUGGGGAUCCACUGUUGUACAGUGUAAGUGCAUGAUAGCAACCCAUUAAAACCCAUUACCUGUACCUGUGAAGAGCAAUUUUAACCAAUAAAUAUUUUCUCUCUUA